AUGUUUGCCCACAGCAUGGAUAAUAGCAGUGGUCCCUUGGUUCUCCCCACCUUAUUGCUCUUUCUGCAGAACAAGAGCUACCCGAAAACCUCCAUCCCUCCUACUGGCUACGAGAUGACAGAGACACCCGUAGGACCCAGUUCAAGCAGGAACCACACUGUCUCGCAGUAUGAACUGAGGCCGGUGGAAAUUGCAGCAGCCAGCAUGGUUUUGGGAGUGUUGUGGCUGGUUUCUGUCUUUGGAAACUCCCUGGUUUGCUUAGUGAUCCACAGGAGCAGGAGGACACAAUCCACCACCAACUAUUUUGUUGUCUCCAUGGCCUGUGCAGACCUUCUCAUCAGUGUCACAAGUGUUCCCUUCGUGCUGCUCCAGUUAACCUACGGCAGGUGGACGCUGGGGAACGUGAUGUGCAAGCUGGUAAGGUACAUACAGUACGUCACCCCUGGAGUCCAGAUAUACGUGCUCCUCUCUAUAUGUGUGGAUCGAUUCUACACUAUCGUCUACCCCCUGAGCUUCAAAGUGUCCAGGGAGAAAGCCAAGAGAAUGAUUCUGGCCUCUUGGCUGUUUGUCGCUAUGUUUGCAUCAUCGGCUUUCUUUUUCUAUGGCUCUAACAGCAGUGACCACUGCAACUUUUUUCUACCCAGUUCUUGGGAAGCAGCUGUCUACGGUAUCACCCACCUCUUGGUGGUGUUUUUAAUCCCAUCCAUCCUCAUUAUCCUCUUCUACCACAAGGUCAUCAAGUACAUUUGGAGGAUAGGCACUGAUGGCAGGACUGUCAGGAGGACAACAAAUAUUGUCCCAAGAACGAAGGUGAAAACCAUCAAGAUGUUCUUGAUGUUAAACUCGUUGUUUCUCCUGUCCUGGCUCCCUUUUUAUGUGGUACAGCUGUGGCACCCACAUGAAACAGACUACAGAAAGAGCUCCCUGGUUUUCCUGGCCAUCACGUGGAUCUCUUUCAGUUCUUCGGCCUCUAAGCCAACCCUCUACUCCAUAUAUAAUGCAAACUUUAGAAGAGGCGUGAAAGAAACGUUUUGCAUGUCUGCCAUGAAAUGCUACAGAAGCAACGCAUACACCAUCACCACCAGUUCCAGGAUAGCCAAAAAAAAUCACAUUGGGAUUGAAGAAAACCCAGCUCCGGCCAAAACUGUCACCAAAGACUCCAUCUAUGAUGCUUUUAACAGAGAAGCAAAGGAAAAGAAGCUUGCCUGGCCUAUUCAGUCCAAUCCUCCAAAUACAUUUGUCUAG